AUGGCGACCACAGACGCAGCUUGCGAAAAGACACCUUCGACGUCGUCGUUGGGAUUGUUCAACCUCUCUGGUAAAACGGCUCUGCUCACUGGUGGCACUCGCGGCAUCGGCCAAGCAUGUGCUGUGGCUCUUGUCGAGGCAGGGGCUUCGGUGAUUCUCGCGGUUCGCCCUGGCACCGCCACUUCUGGCGCUCAUCCAGCUCUUGCGCCUCUCACUGCGGUUGCCAACCAAUCUUGCUCGCAAAAACACUCUACCGUCGAUGCUGAUCUUUCCGACCUCUCCCAAGUCAAGACGCUCUUCGACCGAGCUCUCUCGCAGUCGCCUACUUCUGCGAUUGACAUUUUGGUCAACUGCGGCGGAAUUCAACGUCGACACCCAUCGGUCGACUUUCCCGAGUCCGACUGGGACGAAGUGCUCAACGUCAACCUGAAAGCUGUUUGGCUUGUCUCGCAAGCAGCGGGUCGCCACAUGGUCGCACGUCGUUCCGGAAAAAUCAUCAACUUUGGCUCUCUGCUUACCUUCCAAGGUGGGCUUACAGUGCCUGCGUACGCUUCGGCAAAGGGAGCAGUGGGACAGCUGACCAAAGCACUCAGCAACGAGUGGGCAAAACAUAACGUCCAGGUCAACGGUAUUGCUCCUGGUUACAUUGCUACGGAUAUGAACGAAAAGCUGCUCGCCGACCCGACCAGGCUGAGGCAGAUCAGCGAAAGGAUUCCCGCGGGCAGAUGGGGUGAUCCGGCCGACUUCAAAGGGCCAUUGCUGUUCUUGGCCAGCCAGGCAAGCCAGUACGUGAGCGGUGAGAUGUUGGUUGUUGAUGGUGGUUGGAUGGGUCGUUGA